AUGUUAGCGGUAUUAGGCAAGUUGCUACUUGCUGCUUCGGACAACGGAAGGCGAUAGACAGCGAGUUACAGAUAAAGGGCAAGAUUUCUCACAAGUGUUAUAAAAUGAGUGAUGAAGACAAAGAUAUCGAUGUAGAAAGUGACGAUGGAGACAUCGGAGAAGGCGGCACAUUCCUAACAUUGGCCGACAAGAGGGCACAUCAUAAUGCACUCGAGAGGAAACGACGAGAUCACAUCAAGGACAGCUUUAGUGGUCUACGAGACUCGAUACCUUCUUUACAAGGAGAAAAGGCUUCAAGAGCACAAAUAUUAAAUAAAGCAACUGAUUAUAUACAGUACAUGAGGAGGAAGAAUCAUACUCAUCAGGCUGAUAUUGAUGAACUAAAGAGGCAGAACAUGAUUCUGGAUCAACAAGGUAAUGAUUUUGCACUGAACUUUUAUAAACUGCAAUGGUUCACUCAAGCACCGCUUUCUGUUCGACAACUCGAAAAAGCAAGGGCAGCUGGAAAUCUAACGAUUGAUUCGUCGACUGCCGCUAUCCUCUCGAAUGAUCCUUCCAUUUUAACGGAUGACGUACUCUCGGAUGGUUCACUGAAAACUGAAGACGCUUUAAUGGCGGUUAAUCAUGACUCUGUCGCUACAGAUACAAUGAACGAUCACGAUUACGGCACGGUUGCAAAGCGAUUGAAAACGGAAACCUAAUCAAGGGACCCAUGGUAACUUCCUGAAGCCAAUUCGUGCGUUUAACACCACUUUCUGAAAGUUAAUUUCGCUACUCGCGGGUGAAUCCUCUGUUUAAGGCCCCUGCUCUCUACAAAUCCCCCUUUUAUAUACACCCCUCAGAGCAGCUUAGUAAAAUAACACCCAAUAGUUUUCACGUCCCCCUAUUAGACUUCCCAGGGAGUUUAGGGUGCUUAAUUGGAUGAUAUAGUGUUUAAGACUUUCUUAUCUCAAUAGUUUAUCAACGCUACUCUCUGUUGUACGUAUCGUCUUAAGAAAACAAUGAUUUUGUAAAGGCUCGGGAGUUGGAUCGAGGAUUUAUCUUAAUUCUGUUGGGGUUUUCAUAGCAUUGUCUUUGCAUUUUUACAAAGGUGUUUCCCGGAGUUCGUUUAAAGUCUGUAUUUCUUCUCGAUGAAUGAAAGCCGCAUAUCCUCUGUUAGGAUACAGGGCUUGUUUAAUCGUGUCCUUUGUAGCGUUGUAACUGCAGGGUAUUUUUUGAAAUACGAGUUCCGGCAUCGCUAACGAAUUCAAACAAUAAUAUCACUGCUUAGGAGCAAUAAAUUGAAAAAUUUCCCCUUUAAAUCCUGCCUCGAUUUCAUGGCUUUCGGUGCUCUUUGCCCAUCCGAUUAUUUCACCAAACCUGCACUUUUAAAUUAUUUAGAAAAUAUAGGAAAAGGCUAUAUUUGUUUUUCUAUAAGUAAUUGUUAAUAAGUGUUCUAUUUGACAGCCUUACUGAUACCCUUUGAUAAGAGCACUCGGUCCUAUGCUACAAGCCCUGUAUCCACACCAUGGAUUUUAUCCGAUUUCUCUGGCAAAUAAAACCUUUCCAUCAAAUUGCUUAUUAUGUUUAGAGCUUAUACAUAGCCUGCAGGCUCAGAGUCAGCAGAAACUCAAUUUCAGCAGUGGCUUCCAGUUAGUUUAAGGGAACUCAAGGAAUGUUUUCGGGUACAAUUUCUCCCUGUAACGACAGUAGCAUCAUAAGAAAUGGCAUCUCCGUACCACGCACGAAUGGCCUCCUCGUUUGCUUCAGGAAAUAAAACUAUUUAUUUGCAUAAAAUCACAUGUAGAAUAAUUUUAAACAUUUAUAAGUUUUUGAAACACAGUACCAAAUCUACCGUAUUCACUUUAACUGUGUUUUUUGUCUUGUAUACACUGUUGAUGAGAAAGCUUUGAUCAUA